UGUAAUAUUUUCAUAUUCUUUCAUUUAGUACGUGAAAUUAAACACAGAGAUUCAUCCAUGGCCUCUCGAGCAUUUGUCCCAUCUGUUUUGUUGCUCUUAGCGUUUUUCAGCUCAACAUGCACGGCACAACUAUCUCCUUCAUUCUAUAACACAACCUGUCCUAAUGCUCUCAACACCAUCAGAACAACAAUUAGAAAUUCGAUUUCAACAGAACGUCGAAUGGCUGCUUCUCUCAUUCGUCUUCAUUUCCACGACUGCUUCGUUAAGGGUUGUGAUGGAUCAAUUUUACUUAAUGAAACUCCAACACUCAAAAGCGAAAAGAACACACUUGCUAAUAAGGAUUCAGCAAGAGGUUACGACGUCAUAGAGGCGGCUAAAUCUGCGGUGGAGAAGAUAUGUCCAGGUGUUGUAUCUUGUGCUGAUGUUCUUGCGGUUGCAGCACGCGAUGCUUCGGUUGCGGUUGGUGGUCCGACAUGGACGGUGAAGCUCGGAAGAAGAGAUUCCACUGCAGCAUAUCCAGACAUAGCAAACAGCGAUCUUCCUCGUUUCACGGACAGCCUUAACACUCUUGUAUCUAGAUUCGGUGGAAAAGGUCUAAGUGAAAGGGACAUGGUUGCCUUGUCGGGAUCACAUUCAAUUGGACAAGCUCAGUGCUUCACUUUCCGUGGUAGAAUCUACAACAAUGGAAGCGAUAUCGACGCUGGCUUCGCUGGCACUCGGAAACGCGGUUGUCUGGCUACCGGAGACGAUUCGAAGUUGGCUCCACUUGAUUUGGUGACACCAAAUCAACUGGACAAUAAUUACUUCAAGAACUUGCUUCAGAAGAAAGGACUUCUUCAAUCUGAUCAAGUUCUAUUCAGUGGAGGAUCAACGGACAGCAUUGUAUCUGGGUAUAGUAGGAACCCUUCAACUUUCUUGGCUGACUUUGCAUCUGCCAUGGUAAAAAUGGGAGAUAUUGAGCCUCUCACUGGUUCUGCUGGACAGAUUAGAAAGCUUUGCAGUGCUGUUAACUAGAUAACAUUUUUGUGUGUCUAUGUUACUAUUUCUUUAUGUUUGCCAAUUUCAUGUAUUCAUUUCUUAAAAAGUAUAUUCUUUAAUGUGGUCUGUAUUUCAAUUAAUUAUAAGCAUUUGUUUAAUUGUAAAAAGCACACAUUGUCUCAUAUUUGUAUUUGU